AUGAAUUACAAUGAAAGGAAGCGUCAUCAGGAACAAGAAUUUCUGAAUUUUGUGUGGUCAUUUUAUAAGGAGAAUGAGGUGCCAAAGGAGAAGGAGGCACCAAACAUUGAGAAGAAGGCAGAGGUCUUGGUUUCCCCUAUUUCUGAGCUCAUUCCUGGGGGUCCUAAGGUACCUCCUUCAUCAGCCGAGGUCUCAGCCUCUGUGGGUAUUGGGGUGUCUGUUCCACUAGUUGAAGUCCCUUCUCCUGCAGCUUACUCUGUUCCAACCAUUAUUUUUGACCUCCCCAAUCUUCCUGAGCUGCUUGGAGCUCUUGUUGCUCCUUCAUUUGCUGCUACUUUUGCGGUUCCCAAUCUUCCAGGGCCCCCUGAAAUUUUUAUUGAUUUUCCUCCAUCUGUUGCCUCAGAGCUUCCUAAGCUACCUGGAGUGAUUCCAGAUCCGAUUGCCAGCACUUAG